AUGGCAGGGUGUGUCCAUUUGCUCAAUCAGAGCCGUCGGGCGGCGUUUUCCGAAGCAGCUCUGCUAAAGCGGCUGGGGCACCAUCCGAACAUUGUCACGUGCUACGAAAGCGCGUGGGAUGCUGGCAGAUCAGCAAUGUGGAUGGCUUUGCAAUACAUGGAGGGUGGAGAUAUCCAGUCUGUUUUGGCACAACGUGUAAGUUCCAAGGAAGGUCCUUUGGAGGGAGCCUUUGUCCGUUCAGUGUUGGUGGCCAUUGCGAGCGCACUUCGCUUUGUACAUCAAGAGGGUGUACUCCACCGGGAUGUGAAGCCCGGGAAUCUCCUACUCACUCGCAAGGGGCUGGACCCAUGUCCUGAAGAGAUUAAGUUGGCCGACUUCGGUGUGGCCAUUGCCUUGAAUGCUGCCACGGCAGCGACCACGGGCACGCCGCACUACAUGUCUCCUGAGAUGGUAUGUGGUGAAGUUUAUGGCGCAGCAAGCGAUGCAUGGGCGUUGGGAGUGUGUUUGUAUGAGAUGGCUUCCCUUCGGAGGCCUUUCGAGGCCAACAAUCAGUUGGCCCUUGCCAAGCAGAUCGUGGAUGAAUCUGAAAGCCCAUUACCCGAGGCAUGUUCCGAGGAUCUUCGAUCCGUCAUCUCCAGAUUUCUGAUCAAGGAUGCGAAAGAGCGGUUGGAUUUGGCUGAGGCUGUGCGCUUCAGCGAUGAGAUCCGAUCCUGUGCACGGGGUGUAGGCCGGCCUUUGAUUGUGGAGGAGCUGGACAGUGCCAAGAACUCUCCAAGAAGUAUCGUCUCAAGUUUGCCAGACAUCCCUUGCUCAGUUGCCACCUUGCCGAACGACCUGCCAGCGUCGUCUCCGUCAGGAAGCAUUUCAUGGUGGAGGUCGCGAGGCAGAAAGCAAGGCCUUAGUUCUCCCAAGAGCGCAGCUUGGUGCUUGCCUGACAAUCAAGCAGUACCGCAGAAAGAGAAGAAAGGAGGCUCCUUCCGCAGUUCGUGGUUUAGUCUAUUCCGCCGCGGGACAAAGAUCGCAGAGGAGCCCUCCAUCGAUGGCACCUUGGAAUCAACCACCGUGGUGUCGACCUUCAGUACCCAGGAGUCGAACGAUUCGUGUGAACUUCCAAAGCGUCCCAGCUUGAAGGCUCUGAAGGCCUGGAACUGA